AUGACCAGCUCAGCACUUCAGGCUGCAUACAAGAGCCUCAUACAACGCGGCCGUCUCGUCACAGACCCCCAUCAAGCCGCACUGGUUACACGUCUUUCAAAACUCCAGAAUGAUCUCCUAAGCACAAACAAUGCCACGUACAUACCAGGCCAGCCCGCAGGGACACCUCAAGGUCUUUACAUCUAUGGCUCUGUCGGGACUGGCAAGUCCAGAGUCGCGGACUUGUUCGCAUCGACCCUGCCUGCUGAAGUCACAAAGCGGCGCAUCCAUUUCCAUGAAUUCAUGAACGAUAUCCACCAUCGCUUGCACCAAGCACGAUCUUCGCCGGCCUAUCGCGGAGACCCUCUGAUUGAGAUAGGACGUAAUAUCCAUGCCGAGUCUCGUGUGUUAUGCUUCGAUGAGUUCCAGGUCACGGACAUUGCAGACGCAAUGAUCCUCUCCAGGCUGUUCUCCUCCAUCUGGCAGUCUGGAGGCGUGAUGGUCAGCACCAGUAAUCGGCAUCCCAAUAAUCUCUACGAAAAUGGCUUGAAUCGCGAUUUGUUCACACCUUUCAUCAAAGAGGUGCAAAGGCGAUGUGAGGUCUGGGAGAUCGGUGGCAAAGACGACUACCGAAUGAGGAGUCUCCAAGAUGCAGACAGCGAUCAAGCAAGAUUACAGACGUUCUUCACCGAUGCUGAAGCCUUCCAGGGGUCGUUCCAGCAGGCUUUGGGAACAUCGAAGCUGAAACGUGUUCCUCUCCAGGUCUAUGGAAGUCGCAUGCUGGAAGUGCAAGCAGCCAUCGAAGACGAGAGGACCACUUCGGCAGAGAAGAGCAAACGCUUCGCCAUGAUCAGCGGCACUUUUGCAGAACUUUGCGAGGACUCGUUGGGUUCUGCUGAUUACCAUGCUCUCUGCUCAUCAACAGACACGAUCUUCAUAUCUGGUCUUCGCCGGUACCGUGAGGAUGAGAAAGACUUUGUGCGCCGCUUCAUCACGAUGAUCGAUCUGGCAUAUGAAAUGAAGACUCGCGUGUUCUGUCAGUCCGAGGUACCGCUUGGCGAGGUCUUCACGAAUAUAGUGCCCCAAUACCUCAAGAAGUCAAUUCAAGGAAUGCGGGUGAAGGGCGAAGGUGGCGCGAGUAGCUCGAUGAUGUCCACCUUCAUCGGCGAAACGGAAUGGUCAGCCACAGGUCUUGUGGAGGCUUCUCUCGCCACGGGCGGUGCUGGUGAAACAGAUGUUGGGUUUGCUAUCGGUAGAGCUAUCUCGAGACUGUACGAGAUGGGCUCAAAUGAAUACGGCACGGCCGACUGA